UUUAGUAAUAAAAUAAAGAAAUUAAAUAACCAUAACAAAUAGAAAGGAAUUAAUGGUUUUGGUUGUAUAUCAAUGGCCAAUCCAAGGUAGAAAAGAAGGUUCCAUUGGAACAAUUUUUUAUUUCAGAAUACCUCAUCUCUUUAAUAAUAUUAAAAAAAAGAGAAAGUGUGGGGAGAAAUGACAAGAAUAUAUUGGAACAUCAAUUUGGAAGAGAUGAUGGAAGCGGGAGUUCAUUUUGGUCACGGUACUCGGAAAUGGAAUCCUCGAAUGUCGCCUUAUAUCUCUGCAAAAUGUAAAGGUAUUCAUAUUAUAAAUCUUACUAGAACUGCUCGUUUUUUAUCAGAGGCUUGUGAUUUAGUUUUUGAUACAUCAAGUAGAGGAAAACAAUUUUUAAUUGUUGGGACAAAAAAUAAAGCAGCUGAUUCAGUAGCACGGGCUGCAAUAAGGGCUCGCUGUCAUUAUGUUAAUAAAAAGUGGCUUGGGGGUAUGUUAACGAAUUGGUCCACGACAGAAACGAGACUUCACAAAUUCAGGGACUUGAGAAUGGAACAAACGGCAGGGAGACUCGCUCGUCUUCCAAAGAGAGAUGCGGCGGUGGUGAAGAGACAAUUAUCUCACUUGCAAACAUAUUUGGGUGGGAUCAAAUAUAUGACAGGGUUACCGGAUAUUGUAAUCAUCGUUGAUCAACAGGAAGAAUAUACGGCCCUUCGAGAAUGUAUUACUUUGGGAAUUCCAACUAUUUGUUUAAUUGAUACAAAUUGUAACCCGGAUCUCGCAGAUAUUUCGAUUCCGGCAAAUGAUGACGCUAUAGCUUCAAUUCGAUUAAUUCUUACCAAAUUAGUAUUUGCAAUUUGUGAAGGCCGCUCUAGCUAUAUAAGAAAUCCUUGAUUCAUAAUAAA